CCCUCGAUCGUCCCUCUCGUACUGAGAAACCAUGUCCGGUGCCCUGCACUGCACCUCCACCACACCCGCACACGCACACAACCUCAUCCACCACCAUAUCCCUUUGCCGAGUGUGCGCGGUGCGUUUUUCCCUUCUCUCCUCCUCGCCAUCGUCUCUCCACCCUCCCUCGUACCUGCUGCUUCACCGGCGUCCCCGCACCUCUGCAUCUACCUACCUCUGCCCUACACCGGUGCCUCUACAUCCAUCUGCCCCUCACUUUGCCGCUUCACGCCUCACCCAGCUCCACUUUGCCGUCGCUCCAAGCUUCGUCGCCGGCCUGCGAGUCCAUAUACCGUCCCAAUCCUCGUGCUUCCUGCUACAUGUACCAAGACCAAAAGUCUGCGAAGGUAUUCGUACAAUUGUAAACAGUCCAAUUGUACUGAAACCCCCCCGCCUUUGCCACCGCGGCGUAAUUCUGCUGCCCUGUCAGCUCUCGUCCACCUCAAAACCACCUCCACUCAGCCUUCGGCUAUGACCUCGCGGUACGGCCGGGCAUCCUCUCCCCGGGGUCGCUAUUCAAAUCCUGCACGCUCGUCUACAGGGACAUUCGACCCCUACUACGACUCGACAUACUAUGGCCGUCCUAGUUCACCUAGGACUAGCGGUGAGAGGCUCAGUGGUUCCUCCCAUUACCCUCAACACACGUACGCCCCGAGUAGUUCCACGAGCUCGCGAUCUCCAGCAUACAAAUACGACACAUACACUGGGCGCCCCCGGCGCAGUACACUGACGGAACCUGAGGAUCGUCCCAUCUGGCCCAACAUACCCCCGCCAGCUCUUCCCACCCGUCCACAUGUUCCACAUUUGCACCACGACCGUCCAUCUAGUCCAUUGUCGCGUAACUGGGAUAGCCGUGGAGACACGUACAUUACAUACCCGCCAAGCCGCCGGGAACACAAGAGGAUAUACAGCGUAGAUGAUAACAGUCAUUCAGCGAAGCUGAUUGCUGAGAAGGACAUUGUGGAACCUCGAAGGCGGGACUUGGAUGACCGUGGUUACAGCAUCACAAGUGGUGGAAGGUCUUACCAUUCGCACAAACCUGUGCGCACAAGCGACGUCGGGGAUGAUGGCUAUUCCUAUACCGAUCCUGCUAGCAUGUACCGUGAUACUGAACCUGCUUGGCGACGUCCUCGAUCUGGUAGUGUCGAGCGAGGUGCCCGUCCCACCAGUAUGAUCGCGGAUCGCGCACCACGCAGCUCGAACCGAGAACUAGGACCGCCACCAUCAACACGAGGAUUUGAUAAAAUCAACAACAGUGUCAAUAGAAGUGGCAGUCAUCACCGUGGAAGGUCCCCCUCACUCGAGCGAUCUAGAGAUGUGUCCAAGUAUGACAGCUAUGCGGACCCACUCCCUUCCCGACCUGCUUCUACCCUGUACCACGCACCUGUUGUCAGUCAAGAGCCUCGACGCGACCCUUAUCGCAACGACUAUGCCCGUUCAGAUAGAGAUGCAGAGAAUAGGCGUUAUGCACCUCCCGUUGAACAUGUCGAUACUGACGUAGCAAAGCGCGGGUUUGGCAUUGCCUCUCCUAGUGUUGCACAUGCUUCAGAGGCACCAUACCAGCCCCACUGGAAUACACCGGAACCACCCCGGACAAGGCCCGCUGAGUAUGGAAACCAGUACUACUCUUCAGAACGUGCCGAAUCUAGGAUGCCAGAGCCACGUGUCCCCCGGGAGCGCGAAGGUAGCUCAACAUAUGAAGAGCGACCGCGUGAACGCGACCGAGAUCGCGAUUACAACCGCCGAGAGGGUGGACAUGCUCCAGCCCAAUCCGCAAUUCCACCAGUUGUUGGCGCAGUCGCCGGUGCAGCUGCAACGGUUGGAGGGGCACUGCUGAAAAACCGCAACAAGGACAGAGAUACCGAUCGGGACUAUGACCGGGACCGAGAAUUGGAAAGGGAGCGGGAACAGCGCAGGGAAUGGGAUGAACGCGAUCGGCGGGACUGGGCCGCUGAUGAUCGUCGCGAUGAGAAGAGGGAUCGUAACAUUGAAGACCGCCGUGACCGGCCAUCAGAAGAUCGUCGUGAUCGCGCACCGGAGGAUCGAAGGGAUCGUAUGCCUGAAGAGCGUGCUCCUCCACCACCUGCUGCCAGUUACAAUUCGACACAGGACGGACGCAAACCUCGUGAACGCCGAUCUGACGAUGAUGAGCGUGAACGCCGAACACGGAAGGCCCCUUCAUCUGAGGGCAGUGGUGACGAGCGUCCUCGCCACUAUGUCGAACGAGAGGCCCCCAAAGAGUCCGAACAUCGAAAAGACUCAGCCCCUGCCUUGGACCCUGAUGAGGAGUAUCGGCGUCGAAUUCAGCUGGAAGCCGAACGAAGUGGCCGAGGCCGUGACGCUGGUGACUCAGAUCGAGAGAAGGAGCGCCAGCGACGAAGGGAGGAGCGUGAUAAGUCGCGCGAUCAGAUGGAUGAGUAUCGGUCCCGUGCACCUCCAUCCAAUGUCGCCGAAGCUCCUCGAUCCCGCCACGAUGACCGAAACUCUCAUGUUCUGGAUACAAACAUCGUCCAGGAACCUGAUUCCAUGUCUUUAGCUACUCAGGAACAACCCAGUAGAUCCGUUCAGAUCGUUACGCCCCCCAAAGAACCUCAGCCACAGCCGAAAGGGAUCCUGCGCAAGCCGACAGAGAAGUUCCCCGAGGAGCCUGAGCCUAUCCGAGAAGGUGUCGCUCCACACAAAAGCCAACUGAAAGGCAAAGACAUUCCCGUCAACGCUCGAUGGACUAAGAUCGAUCGAAGGCUGGUCAACCCUGAGGCUCUGGAAGAAGCAAAGGAACGGUUCGAAGAGCGGCUGGACUUUGUGAUUGUGCUUAGGGUCUUGACCAAACAAGAAAUUCAAAAGCUGGCGGAUCGCACCAAGGAAAUCCGUGAAACACGAGAAGAUGACUAUGAUCGACGCGACCGAGACCGAGAUUAUGACCGAGACCAUGAUCGUGACCAUGAUCGUGAGCGACGUAACCGUCGUCACCGCGAUGAAGAUGAUAGAGACCGACGACGAGAUUAUGACGACGAUGAUGAUAUUGGACGCGACCGCGACCGUGAGCGAGACCGUGAACGCCCUCGCAUGCUCGAAGAUGGAAGGUGA